AUGGACCUUCUUCGGGUCAUUAUCAAUUUCUUCUUCGUGAUGUCGACGGAAUCCUUCAGUGUCCAUCCCAAUCCCAAGCGCAAUGAGAUCAGUUGGGAUGAAGCAAACAAGGAUCUUAGUCUGGAUACCACGACAUCAAUGUUGGGAUUUAACAGCAAUGAUUCCUUUGUGGAGGUAAGGACUUUCGAGAGAAGCAGGGACGCGAAAUCCCAUCAGUUGGCUAGGUUCAACGAAAUGGGUGAAAUGGGACAGAUGCGUGUCUACAACGUUGGUGUGCUGAUGGCCUCUCAUUUGGAUUCACCUUUUGAUCUAGAACGUUGCGGGCCAGCCGUGGACUUGGCAUUGGACCAGAUCAACAAGGUCUUCCUUCGACCUCACAAUAUAACGCUACUGAAGAAGAAGGCAAGUUAUCCUUCCUGCUCUGGGGCCAGGGCUCCCGGACUGGCGGCAGACAUGCACUUCCAGGACGACGUAAUCGCCUUCAUUGGACCCGCUUGCGCUUUUGCCCUUGAACCGGUUGCACGUUUGGCCGCUUAUUGGAACACGCCUAUCAUUACCGGCAUGGGAGAUCAGCCACCUUCCUCGGAGGGUGAACUAACGGUGACUUCUGGAAUCCUGGGAAGGAUACACAAGUGGAAAAAUGAAAAUACGGGCAUGUUCAAGGACAAGUCCAAGUAUCCCACCCUCACCCGGAUGUCCUAUUGCCAAUGUCGUCUUAUCCUCGUCUUCGCCAGUGUCUUCCGCCAAUUCAACUGGCGUCAUGUAGCGCUCCUUGUGGACAGGUCGGAGCUAUUCUCGUGGACGGUGGGUAAGAACCUAGAGUACGGACUGCGUCAGGAGGGACUGUUGAGUUUCGUGCGAGAAUUAAAUGGCAAUGAGGAGGAGAUCUAUGAGAACUAUCUGAAGGAUGCAAGCAUGUAUGCCAGGGUUGUUAUCCUGUCAGUUCGCGGUGUUCUAGUGCGUAAAUUCAUGCUGGCUGCCCACAGCCUGGGCAUGACCAAUGGCGAGUGGGUCUUUCUGGAUGUGGAGAUCUUCCAGAGCGAUUACUGGGGAGACAAGGGCUGGGAGAUGAAGGACGAGCACGACGCCAAGGCUCGCAAGGCGUACGAGGCUUUGCUGAGAGUGAGCCUUCUGCAGCCGACCAGUCCGAAGUUCCAGGAUUUUGCGGACAAUGUACGCGAGAACGCACUCUAUGAUUAUAAUUAUACAUUUGGCGAGGGCGAGGAGGUGAACUUCUUUAUAGGAGCCUUCUACGAUGGUGUCUACCUGCUGGGAAUGGCUUUGAAUGAAACUCUCACCGAGGGUGGUGACAUUCGGGAUGGCGUCAAUAUCACGAGACGGAUGUGGAAUCGCACCUUUGAGGGCAUCACUGGCCACGUACGCAUCGAUGACAAUGGCGAUCGUGAUGCAGAUUACUCCAUUCUGGAUCUAGACCCCAUUAAUGGCAAAUUUUCCGUGGUAGCUCAUUAUUCCGGAUUGCAUAAAGAAUACGCAGCUGUCCAUGGUAAAAAGAUCCAUUGGCCAGGCGGACGUGAGGAGCCACCACCGGAUGUGCCACCAUGCGGCUUUCUAGGGAACUCCCCGGAUUGUCAUGGGAAUGAAUCCACCAUUAUGUACUCCAUAUUUGGUCUGGCGCUGUUCUUGGGUCUCGUCUUUUGGUUAUUUGUCUGCUCCAAAAGUAAGCAGAUGAAGCUUAGUAAGGAACUCAACAACAUGUCCUGGCGGGUGCGGCCCGAUGAUGUUCUGAUCGAGAUGGGUGGCAUGUUCGGUUCGAAAGGCGGUCUGCAGCGCCUGGACGUGGAGAACAUCUCUCUGCAGCAGUUCGGCAUCCACUCGGGCCGUGCCUCAAUCGCCAGCUUCACCUCGCUGCCACCGCAGGUGUACACGACAAUUGGACAGUUCAAGGGCGAGCGGGUGGCCAUCAAAAAGGUAAACGUUAAGAAGGUGGAGCUGACGCCGCAGCUGCUCUGGGAGAUCAAGCAGGCGCGGGACGUGAGCCAUGAGAACACGGUUCGUUGUGGGGCCUGCAUUGAUCUGCCCCGUCCCACGGUGCUCAUCCUCACCGAAUACUGCUCCCGGGGCAGUCUUAAGGACGUGCUGGAGAACGAGGCUAUCGAGCUGGACUGGAAUUUCCGCAUGUCACUUAUCCACGACAUUGUCAAGGGCAUGAACUAUCUUCAUAACAGCGAUGUAGCCGCUCACGGCAAGCUGCGAUCCUGCAAUUGCCUUAUCGAUGGACGCUUCGUGCUCAAGAUUUCUGACUUUGGACUGAGCACGUUGACCACGCCCUCGGAUUUUGUGCGGGAUCAAAACUACUAUCUCAAGCUGCUGUGGAUCGCUCCGGAGCUGCUGCCGCUAACCUCCAUUCCUGGUUGCUGUCCAGCUACGCAGCGCGGUGACGUCUAUUCCUUCGGCAUAAUUCUGGAGGAGAUCGUCAACCGUGGGGGACCGUACCAGGAGGCGCGCCAGCAGAUGGACGUACACACGAUUCUGCACAAGGUGAGGCAGUGCAACGGCUUUAGACCACUUAUCCGGGAGCGUGAGUGUCCACCAGACCUUCUGGAACUGAUGGAGAAGUGUUGGGCAGACAACCAGGAGGAGCGGCCCACCUUCUCAACGAUACGCAGCAACAUUCGCACCAUAAUGAAAGGCUUCUGUGAAAACCUGAUGGAUGACUUACUAAACCGAAUGGAGCAGUAUGCCAACAAUCUGGAGAGUCUCGUUGAGGAGAAGACGCGACAGUUGAGCCUGGAGAAGCAGCGAACCGAGGAAUUACUCUACCAGAUCCUGCCCCGUCCUGUGGCCCAGCAGCUAAUGGCCGGCGAUCUCGUCGAGCCGGAGGAGUUCAGUAGCGUGACCAUAUACUUCAGCGAUAUUGUUGGCUUCACAGAGCUCUGCGCCCGCAGCAGUCCCAUGGAUGUAGUGAACUUUCUCAACGACCUGUACAGCACCUUUGACCGGAUCAUUGGAUUCUACGACGUGUACAAGGUGGAGACCAUUGGCGAUGCCUAUUUGGUGGUCUCAGGUCUCCCGGAGCCCAAUGGGGAUAAGCACGCCCGCGAGAUUGCACUGAUGGCACUGGACAUCCUCCAGGCAGUGAGCUCUUUCAACCUGCGUCAUAAACCGGAGUACAAAAUCCAGAUACGCAUCGGAAUGCACUCGGGUUCCGUUUGCGCAGGCGUUGUGGGCAAGAAGAUGCCGCAUUACUGUCUCUUUGGGGACACAGUAAAUACAGCCUCGAGGAUGGAGAGCACUGGCCAACCAGGUAAGAUUCACGUCUCCUCCGCCACCAAGGUUAUACUGGAAAAGUUUGGCACUUUCCAAAUGGAGCAGCGUGGUGACGUUGAGCUUAAGGGCAAGGGCACGGUGACAACGUACUGGCUAAACAGCACCACUGAGGGCGAGGCCCGGCCACCCACACCGCAGAUCCUUGCAACCGACGAGGUGCCCUUCCCACUCCUCUUUGCCGGCAUGGGAAAGUAA